CGUAGUCUCCAUGUAGUAUCAGGUGUCAGUUUUGUCAAUGUUGAAAAUUUAAACAGCAUAUCUGUUCAUUCUUUCGUCUAAAAGUAUUAGAUUGAUAAAAAUGCAAGAAAAUAUAAUUCAUCAGUCUGCCGACCAACCUUCUGAUUUCGAAGACAACGAAAGUUUACAGGAAAAAUGUUGGACUGAGGAAUACAAAGGGGCAAGUAAAAAAUGGCUUAUUCGUGAUGCUUUUUGGACUGUUAAACAACCCCCUUUGUGUUCUACUAUGAAGGAGACUUACAUGUACCCCCUUAAAGAGGAGAGCGAUAAUAUUUUGGGAAAAAGACGCGCAGCUCUUUUGAAAAAAUUUCGAGACGAAGCAUUGGCCGAAAUAGUGAAUGAAAAUGAAAAAGCGGAGGAGGAGGAUCUAGAGGAAAAGUACUGUACGGAGUACGGCGGUAAUUUUAACAGUGAAGGAUUUAACCCUGACGAUGAGUUCUACAAGAAAAUGACAGAUCUUUACCAAAAAUACCCCUUGUACUCUUCAACGCCUAUGUCGCUCUAUAGUUUCACUCUGCAGAAGGAUCGAAGCAAAAUAUUACCGGGUGUGACAAAACCAUCUACCGGAACAAAAAUUUUCAAUAAAAAUUCGAAUUUCACCAAACCGUUGGGUGAUAAAUUAGACAACGUCGAAAUAUAAUCUUAUAAUUUUUAUGUGUCAGGUUUUAGUUAAAAUACAUAAUUUCUAAAUAAUAUGGCAACAUAGGUAGUAGACUAAAUUUAUAAGAAAGAAAACUUAGAAAAGAUGGAUCAGAAAAGAUGCAACAGUGUUUUUCAAAAUUUAGGAAAAAAUCAUUAUUUUUAAAAUUUUCAAGGUAAUAUAACUCGAAGCUCUAAGGUUAUUUUGGACUUAUUUUGAAAAACCAUAAACAAAAAAUAUGUUUCUUUUAUCGAGAUAUA